AUGUUCUCCCCACGGAGACAUGACGAUCAGGCGUCGUAUCCCGCGGUGCCGCCUUCUUUACGCUCCGAUCCGUACGAAGCCCUGGAUCAUUCGAAAUACCCCGACACUAGACCAGUUUCCCACUCGCAGAUUACCCCAUACCUCGGUAUCCGGUCUAGGAUGUCUCAAAUAUGGUUGAAUCGCUGGACCAUACUACUCCUCCUCGUCCUCGUCCGCGUUGUCCUUCUUAUUGCCUCUCUCAACGAUCAAGUUGGCGACGCUAAGGUUAAGGCUCUCUCUGCCUGCAGCAAGGUUGAAGAUGUUGGGAGCGCCAUGGCAUCCAUGCCUCACUACUUGUCCGCCGGAGUGAAUACCAUGGUGGCCAAAGGCAUGCAAGAGGCUGUGCAUGGAAUGGUCAAGAUGCUCGAUCUAAUUUUGCAGGCUGUUCCUGCAAUGAUCGUUUACUACAUCAAUUUUCUAGUAGCGACAUACGCCUGUCUCAUCACUGCCUUGGUUCACGGAAGUUUGGCGGUCGUGGCAUCUGUUGCCGAAGAUGCUACCAAGGCGUUCAACGACGUAAUUGAUGGCGCUACCAAAGAGAUCAAAGACAUAUCGCAGGAAUUGGAAUCUGCCAUCAACAAGGUUACAAAGGGAAUCCAGGACUCCGUGUUUGGAAAGCUGAUACCCGACAUUCCCACGGUUGACUUCUCGAAGCCAAUGGAGAAGCUCAAGGGCUUCGAUCUCAACGCGAGCAGCUUCAUUAAAGAUGUGCAAAAGCUUAACGAGGACCUGCCCACUUUUGAUGAGGUCCAAAACCUCACCAGUCAAGCCGUCUCAUUCCCUUUCAAGCUUGUCCGCGAGGCUCUCAACAAAUCGUACGGAAACUGGACAUUCAAGAAAGACAUUUUCCCACUGGCCCGAAAGAAGAAGAUGUCGUUUUGCUCCGAUAACGAUACCCUGAGCGGCUUUUUCCAGAAGCUAUUCAAUCUCAUUCACAAAGCAAGGACCAUUUUCUUGGUAGUUCUGAGCUUGCUCGCCAUACUCGCCAUUUUUCCCAUGGCUGCUUUCGAGACAUAUCGAUGGAAGCGCCAGCAGCAACAUGUCGAAGUCAUUGAAAAGAACCAAGUCGAUGAGCGAGAUGUCAUCUACAUUGCGUCGCGGCCGCUAACAUCCCGAGUCGGUAUCAAGUUUGGCUCGCGUUUUCAGGGAGACAGAAAGAUACUGAUGAGAUGGUGCGUCGCGUAUGCUACGUCACCCCCGGCUCUUUUCGUCCUAUCCCUUGCCCUUGCCGGCUUCUUUUCCUGCUUCUGCCAGUUGCUCCUCCUCAAGGCCGUUCAGAAGGAAGUUCCCGAAAUUACACAAGCGGUUGGCGCUUUCGCCGAGCAUGUGGUCAAGUCCUUGGAGCAGGUAUCAGUCGACUGGGCCAAUGAUGCAAACGGCGUCGUCAUCGGUUUCAACGACGACAUCAACAAUGAUGUAUUGGCAUACGUGACAAACACCACCGGCGCAGUCAAUGGCACAAUCAAUUUGUUCGUGGACACCAUGAACAAGGGGCUGGAGACUGUUUUCAAUGGCACUAUUCUUAUGGAGCCGAUCAAGAGCGUCCUCCACUGUGUAAUUGGCAUCAAAGUUGAGAAUGUACAGAAAGGAUUGACAUGGGUGCAUGACCACGCGCACGUCAACUUUCCCCGAUUUCCCAACGACACGUUCAGCCAAGGCGCCAGCGAUUCUGUGUCCGGUGAUAACGAUCUCAAGAGUUUUCUGGCGUCGCCUUCUGCUGUGACCACAGAUGAAGUGAGCGGUGCAAUACAGCAUGUUGUUAACUGGUUAAUCAAGGGCAUCACUCAGGAGGCGCUGAUUUCAACUGGCAUUUUACUGCUCUACCUCAUUGUUGUCCUCAUUGGUGUGGCCCGCGCACUGGCGGGUAUGGCAUCUUCAGGUGCAGGGAAGACGCAGGAAGCCAUGCACUACACGGGCGACGACCGGCCGCCAUUGGCUGCCCAAUCUCCGCAGAGUAAGGGUGCUGCCGAUGGUCAAUUUGAAGACUUUGGGCAUCAGGGUGCGCGAUCGAGGCAUGUCCCACUGCAAGAGAAGAGUGAGGCAUACGGACGCUACGGACAGGGCAGCGCUUUCUAG